GGAGAGAGAGAGAGGGAAAAAAAAAGAUGAGUGUUGUAAAAAAUUCAGCACUAGUUAAUACACAAAGAGAGAAAGAAGGGCAUAUGCAUUGCCCACCAUUAACGCUUGCCUAUCAAUCCACACCCUUUGCAAAGCUAUUAUUUGGUGGUGGUGGUGGUGUUGUUGUUGGUGAGUGGAGAUUUACAGAUAAGAGAAAGAGAUUGAAAAAGAAGACGGAGAAGAAAAGUACCCAAAGUUAGAAAUUUCAUUGGUCUUCUUUUUUUUGUCAUUUUUUUGGGUUCUUCUCCAGAUGCUCUUUCAAUGGGGAAAAAUGAGGACCCAAAUCUACAGCAACAAAGAGAACAGAGCCUUGAAUCAGGGAACAAUGAAGGGCAUUCGAGAUUCUUGUGUGGGAUGGUUUUGUCGAGGAUUUCCAAUGAGUUUAGUUUCAGAUGUGUUUUUGUUUUGUUCCUUAGCUUGUCGGUUUUGUUGCCUGGGAUCUUUUGGAUCCUCCCUUUUCGUUCUUCAAACUCUGGGUUUGAAGCUAAGCUAGCUAUGAAGCUCAGUGCCCCAGUUCAUGCAUGUUUUACACUUCAAAAACCAGUUUCCGAGCUUGUUGAUCAUAUUCAAAAGUUGGAGUAUGAUAUCUAUGAAGAAAUAGGAGUUCCGGAGACGAAGGUGGCUAUCUUAUCCAUGCAUCCAUCGGGUGAAUCUAACUCUACUAAUGUCGUGUUUGGUUUUCUUUCCAAUCCCGUGCAUCAUCCUAUAAGUCCAGUAGCCCUUAGCGUGCUGAGAUCAUCUUUAAUCGAGCUGUUCCUCAGGCGAUCCAAUCUGACUUUGACAACUCCGAUUUUUGGACAGCCUUCUAAGUUUGAGAUUUUAAAGUUUCGUGGGGGCAUCACGGUAAUUCCUGUACAAUCUGCUUCCAUAUUUCAGAUAACCCAGUUUCUAUUUAACUUUACACUGUAUAACUCGAUAUCUGAAAUUGAACACAAAUGCAUCGAGUUAAGGGAUCAGCUGAAGUACGGUCUACAUUUGAGGUCUUAUGAGAACUUGUUUGUGCGAUUAACGAACAAAAAUGGCUCCACAAUGUCGUCGCCAGUCAUAGUUCAGGCUUCGGUGAUAGAUAGUUUUGGUAACAUGCUGCCUCAGAGAUUAAAGCAGUUGGCUCAAACCAUCACGCACUCUCCCGCAAGGAAUCUCGGUCUCAAUAACUCGGACUUUGGUAAAGUUAAAAGCAUUAGCUUAUCAUCUUAUUUGAAGGGUACACUUCAUGCUAGCCCUCCCACUCCUUCACCGACUUCAGCUCCAAAGCCAUCAGUUUCACUGCAUCCUAAUUUUGCUCCAACUCACCCGCCAAGAUUGUCACCCAAGAUUCAUCGUUUUCCGCCUUGUCCUAUGUGCAAUACUGCUUCUCCAUCUGCUCAUCGUCCCCUUCAUUCGCCAUCUCCCACUCCUCCAAUCUCCCCUGCAUCUUCUAGUGUAGUGGCACAUCCCCCUCCCCCUUGUCCGUACUCUCGUCCCGCAGUUCCACCAAGUCCUCCAUCCAAAUCCUAUUCUAAUGUAAUUCCUAAGCACCCACCGUUAAUGAGCCCCCGAUCACAGUUGUCCCCCCCAAAUCUACCACCAAUAGCUUCAGUGUCUUAUGGGUCUCGUCCCGGCCAAGGUAUGGAGCACACAAAAGGGCCAGUUUCUGCACCGGUUGCUAAGUCUCCAGCAGUGCAAUCUCCGUCAUCCGUAGCAGUACGUGUUUCCCUCAAGGAAUUCCAUUUAUUAGGAGUAUUGGGAGUCUUAAUCUUUCAUCAACUUUUAUGAUCGAAUAGAUCCAUUCUGUCCCUACCACCCGAAGUUCCCGAAAGACCGUGGCAGGUGAUGUUCAUUUCCCAGUUUUGAUAUAUAUGGCAAGGAUGGUAGAGAAACCACAUGUGAAUAACCCGAAACCGUCAAAAGAUUUCCCUUUUCCUUCAGUUAAUGCAAUCAAUAUAUAUAUGUGAACGAGAUGGACACAUGAACAACUGGUCGAAGCCAGAAAGUUGGCAGGCCACAUCUUACUUCACUUAAGACGUCGCUACAAAAGAAAACACAGGAUGUUUUUUCCCAAAGGGAAUAACUUCCGAACAUGGUUUGACUACUUAAGAAACUGGCAGUAACUCGUCGGUUUCAACGAGAACCAUCUCUUAUAUUUAAGUGUAAAGAAUAUUGUGGUUCAUUUUGAGCGACUAUAAUGUAGGAUUAAAAGGCGAAAUGUAAAAACUAGUGUUUUAUAAUACACUGAAGGAAAUAUGUGGACGAAGAAAAGUAUAUUAUGAAUUUAUGUUGUUGAA